AUGAUUUUCCUGGAAGUGCGGAAACGUGACCGAAAUCAAAUCAACCAAGUUGCCUUUUUAGCCCAUACUAGACUCGAAAGUAAGGUGGCUAAAACAACAGCUAUGAUAACUGUUACAAUAGUUCUAUCCUUCGUUCCACUAAUUAGUAGAGCCAUUUUCCCCGCUUUCCGUUCUUAUGCUGCUAACCGCUCCGCAGAAACGGUGGUGCAGUUUAAUUCUUUAGUAAGUCCUAUCAUGUACUCGUACAGAGACAAACGUUUUCGAAACGCUAUCCUAGAGCUCUUAGGCGUCAAGAAAUCGCAACAACGACUUGACGGCCGAAGAAAUUUAAGAAGACGAGAAUCCGUAGGAUUGGUAAAUCUAGCGGAGCAAACACAGGGCACCCUAGUUCCACUCUCAAAAAGAUCAGCUUCGGUUGAGCCUUCUAGAAAUCCAAAGAUGCAAGUGAAAAGAUCUCUGUCCGAUCCCACGCCUACCAAAUGUGACAAAACGUGCAUUGCCCAUCCUAGUAAAUUAAAGUUACAGCAACGCGCGACCAUUUCUAUGACAAGCGCCGCAAUCCACCAUGAA